AUGUCGUCGCGUAAUUUUUCUCGUGGUCCAAGGGACCCACGUGCCGAACACGUUGAUUCUCGCGUCGACCAUUUCGCAAACGGGCGAUUUUAUGAGUUAGACAGUUGGGAUCGUUCCCGUUCAGUUUAUGAUAAUCGCACCCGUUUCCGCUCGGACGACAGGGAGAGAUUUUGUUACCCUAGCUUUCGUGAGAGAUCGCCUUUGAGGCGUUCACGGUACGUCGAUCCGAAUGUUCAGUAUCCGCCUGUUCAGUCGGGCGACAUUCGGGGCCCACCGGCUGAUCAAGACCUUUACAUUCGUGAUCCUGCUAGUGCUUAUGACGCUUAUUUCGAUUGUGACUAUGACCCCCGAUCCUACCCGACUCACAGUGAAGCUGAGCCAGAGGAUGAGUAUUACAGUGAUACCCCAAGAGAAGACGACUGGGCUGAGUACGAUCACGCGGGGGCAAUUGAUCGCGGUCGCCCUUGGCGCCCGCAAACUGGCGUUCGUUUUACGACGGAUCAGUCGCCGAUAUCCGUCGAGUUACCGACCCUCUCAGAAGAAGUGCAGUCAGUGGCAGGCCCAUCCAAUGGUAAUCAGGGCUCAGAUCCUAGGCGGGUGGAAGACGUAGUUGCCGUCAUCAACGCUUCGCCUCCACCAGUGGUACCCAAAGCAAUCUGUGAUGAAAUAGCGUCACUCUUAUCCGUCGGCGUUUCAACCGAACAGUCCAAGUUGACUUCAAAAGAAUUCCCACUAGUGUACGAGGUGAGUGACUUCUCACUUAUGCCUCCCAAGCUGGAUGCAUGGAUGAGUCGCCGAUCUAAGGAUAAAGGCGUUUUGAAAGCGGUCAAUGUAAAGGAAGAAGCUUUAAUUAGAACCCAGCUGAAAAUCAUGGACAUCGGUCCCCCUUUGAUUGACCUUUAUGCUCGGCUGGCUAAAAUGGAAGAGGCUGCGACAAGUGAUAUGCGCCGUUCGGUCCAGGCGGCCUUGCAGCAGUGGGGUCGUGCGUUUGCCCACGUUUCAAAGAAACGGCGGGAGUCUGUUGUGCAUUUUACGGACCCCAGAGUGGAAUACCUUUUGAAAGACGAUAGCUGCUUUGCUACCGAGAGAGAGGACGGAGAGGAGGGGGCGAUCCCAGAGGCGGUCGCGGACGCGGGAAUCCCAACCCAAGAUGAGCACCCCAUCGUAUCGAUUAGUCUUAAAGUGGGCGCUCGAUUAAGUGUUUUCGCUGACAAAUGGUCAGAAAUUACCGACGAUCCCUGGGUUUUGAAGACGAUAUCCAACGGCCUUAAGAUCGAUUUUUUGUCAGAACCAUUCCAGUGCUCAUCACCGCGUGAUGUGGUAAUGUCAGACGAGAUGCGAGCUGUUUGCCAGACGGAAAUUGCAAGUUCUUUAAUCAAUUUGGACAAAUCCGUCACCGUUCCAAUUCAAACGAUUGAAUAUUUAAGAAUGGUAGUAGAUUCCAAUAGAUUGUCUUUCUCACUGCCUUCGGCAAAGGUAGAAGACGUUAAGAAUAUGUGCAGAAAAGCACUGGCGGAUGCCAUAGUUUCGCUACGCACCAUCGCUUCCAUUCUCGGAAAUUUUACGUGGGCCAUCCCGACAAUUCCUUUCGCGCAGUCACAUUAUAGAAGCAUGCAACGCUUUUAUAUCACUGAGUCCCAGAAGGUACGUAACGACCUUAGCGUAAAGCUUACGCUUUCCCCUGGAUCUGUUGCUGACUUGGAGUGGUGGCUUUUCAACCUGGAAAACUCAAACGGGAAGGAUUUUUUCCCUCGAAGUCCCGAUAUCGAGAUUUUUUCCGACGCCUCGUUAUCCGGCUGGGGGGCGGUUUGCGACGGUGUUACAACACGAGGCCCAUGGACAUCAGAACAAGCAGAUCUCCAUAUUAAUAGCCUCUAUAUGCGCUACUAUCAUUUGCAGAAAAAGCCCGAGGUCUUUCCAUUCGAAUGUUUAUGGAUAAUUCCACAGCCGUCUGUUACAUGA